GGCGCCUGUCGGACGGCGGAGCGAUGGCGGCGGUGAGCGGCGCGGCUAGGCUCUGCAGAAUUAGGACUAAGACCUGCAUGGCACCAGCUUUUGGGAGAUGGCUACAAAAGGAGCUCUGGACAAGGUCAUGGAAAAAGGAGGAUGCUCGCCCACCCUGGUUUUGUGGUCCAUGGGAGCGUUUGCAGUCACAAAACCAGCAAGUUAAUGGAGUUAAUUAUUAUCUCAGGAGACAGCAAGAGCUGUCUGUGGGUCUCUGCCACUCAGCCCCCGCUGCUGUGGUCAGCCAAGAGGCAGCAGAUGGGAAAACAGAAGAGUUCGAGCUGGUGUACAGGUUCCCAGGGAUCAAGUACUGCAGGAUGCUGUCCCGACUGAAGCUGCUGCAGACCGGCACCACUCUGGUCAUGCUGCCGCCUGUCUGCUACCUCUACCUGCAAGACCAGGUUUCUCAGGGUAUCUUCUUGUAUACAGCUGGCAUUGCAUUCUUUGCUGGUGCAAUGCUGUAUGGUAUGAGCUACUUUUUCAGACGAAUUAUUGGAUUAAUGUACUUAAGUGAAACUGGCCGUACUGUUAAAGUGGCCCACUUGACGUUUUGGGGAAGACGGAAUGACAUUUACUGUCCCCUAGAGACAGUGAUGCCUUUGGAUGAAGUUGGAGAUAGCAAAGGGGAGCUGCUUCUCCAGUUCAAACGCUAUAACAGUACAGACAUUUUAUAUUUUACAAUCAGGUUUGGCCAGAUUGUAGACAGACAGAAGUUUACUCAAAUAUUUGGAGAACCUGAGUGAUUCAGCAGCUAAUUUCCAGUGAUUUUCCUUGUUGCAUGUUCAUUGUGCUUAUUCUUCUGUGAAGUUUAACUACCAAAGUGACAUACUUCUGUCAUUUUCCUAUGCAAAGCUAGCUGGUAAGUGCACUCAGUAUAGAAAGUAGCCAUGAUAAAGAGCAGUCCACUGGAUUAAGUGGCUUUGUAGCUUGUUUAAGGUAUGAGCAGUGUCUCUUCCAUGUCAGAUAGUGACGUGCCUGGUGCACUGUCACCAGCAGCUCAGUCUAAAGUGCCCUACUUGGAAGGUGCAGUAGGAGGCUGUAUUACUGCUGCUGACCCCGACUGUUCCUGCUGGCCUCUCAGAUGGUUCUGAAACAGAGAAAACUCUUGAAGUGCUGCCACAGCAGCCUCAAUUCAUUGUUUCAUUUGGCAAAUUUCAGUUUGUCUAGGAAGCCUCUUGAAAUUAAAAUUCAUGCAUACAUAUGACAGUGCUGGAUGUGAGGGAGCUACAUGCUCGUGCAUUAAUGAAAUUGGGAUGACUGGGAGGAGCAGCAUACGAUGCUGGAUGCAGUGUGUGGGGUCCCUUGGCAAGGUCUUCCAGGACAUGAACUUAACGGGGCAAAACAUGUUGCAAGACACAUGGACAGUUCAGCUGUAAGAGUAAGUUACAGACUGGGACAGUAUUUCAGGAGCUUCUCAUAGAAAUCAAGGGAAAACAUACCUAAACCGUGAUGCUGUGGAUUGCAAGGACAGUCUAAGAGCCUUUGUUCACUUUGGAUCCUCAUGAUCGUCUGAAAAUUUAGAACUGCUUUGCACAUACUCAUGUUUGUGUUUGUUUUGUGAAUGACAUUUAAUCAAUGCUGUAACACGAGUUGCAAAAACUUCAGUAAAUGUUACCAAAAUUAUCUUGUACUAUGAAUGAAGCUAUCUUCUGUGAAGGUUACUGUAUAGCCUUGAUGCAUUUACCCAUUUGGGCGUAUUUUAACACCAAUAACUCCCUUGCCAUGUACCCUUUCCACUCCCUAUUUCCCGAGUCUGAGUUUACCUAAAAGGAAACAAAAAAAAGUAUGACAUCUAAAAACGAUGUUGAUUUAAGGCUGGAAAUGUGUUGCACUUGCAGGGCUGAGUUACCCAUGUCUCAGAAGGACAGUGGUCUUAUUCCAUGUUUGUUGGCAUGAUUUCUCCUUUUGCAAAACAAAACAGUAGAAAUGAGCAGGAUGUAAAGCCAAAUCUUAUCACUUGUUGAGUUGUCAGAAGCCAGUGAACUCCUUAAACUGUUCUUCUAGCUGUUAAUUCACAGCAAAUAGGCCGACGCUCACUCACAGAGACAUUUGGCGUGUUCUUUUCCCUGUGACUUCCUCAUGCAUGUUGAAACUUGUGUCUCUUGGUGGAUCAGCAGAUGCAGGUAAGUAAAAACGCCAUGUCAGUGCAUGGGCUAACCCUGAUUUAUUAUUGAUUUGUGUUGAACUUUUCCUAAUGGGAACUCCAUUCUUUUAAAUUUGGCUGACACUGUAUGGUAGAGCAAUAGCAAAAGGAGAAAUAUUCCUUGGCUUAAACACCAUGGCAGCAAAAUACAGUGGACUGUAUGCAUGCACCAUGUUUUUUGAAGGCUUAUCUUUGUAAGAAUAUAUUUAAUAUGCAUCAAUGAUUCAGUUGAGGCGUGUACUAGGUGUAAAAUAAAAAGCCUGGAAAAGUUCAAUUAUAAAUAUUUUAUUUAAGAAUAUUGAUUACACGAGAUGUCAUUUGUUACGAAUCUGUGUACAGUUACUAGUUACACCAUGAAGUGUAGUUAAGUAUUUGUUUCAACACCUAUUUGGCACUGUCCACAGUAUGCUGUAAACAAUACUAACUUCAUAUGCUUCAGCUGCAGUGCUUCCUAAGUUAUUCUCUAACAUGAUUUCAUCAACAUGUUGUACACAAUUAUACAGUUACUGAGUGUCAGUAAAAAUUAUAAAAACACCUAGAGUAUUCAUAAUAAAAGUGAAGAUGUGGUA